AUGAAGUCUUGCAAUCAUAAGGAGAACCACAAGAGCCAGUACAGCCACAACUCUGGCUCCAAAAGGGGAAAUCUCUGUGGGGGCUCACCAGGUGAGUGCUCCCAGGCAUUUCUAGCCAACAGUGUCACUGUAGAUAAGCUGAGACUGGCCCAAAACAAGGACGGAAACUCGCUGCUCGCCGCAGUUGCCAACCAGAGGCGCCGCGUGUCCGGCAGCCCCGGAGUCCCCGACUCGGACCCCGCGCCAAGCGCGCCCGCGCCCCGGCCCCGGCAGCGCCGGCCACAAAGGACGGGAGACGCGGACGCGGACGCGGCCGGGCCUCCUCCUCCUCCCCCCCGGCCCCGCGCUAGCGGCCCGGGCUCCGGGACGGCCCGGGCGCGGGCGGACACUCACCUCGGUCCGCACGCGGCGGCGGCGGCGGCGGCGGCGGCGGCGGGCGCUCCUCGGGGCCGGCCCGGGCGGUCGCGGCGCGGUCCCGCGGGCCGCAGCGCGGGCGCUACUCUCGGGCCGCCGUCCGCCGCGCCGCCUCCUCGGCCACUGCCGGCGGCUCCCCCGGCGGGCGGGCGGGCCCGCCGCGGGCCCCGCCUCCGCCGCGCCCGCCCCCGCCUCCGCGCCGGGCCUCGUAGGCUCGGCGCGCUACUCCGGGCCGCCCCGCAUGCCGCCGCCGCUGGCGCUCGCUCGGGGCCCCCUCACGCGGCGGGCCGGGGCCGCAAGGCCGCCCGCGCAGGCCGCUCGGGCGCAGUGCUCGCAGCGCGCGGCGUGCUCAGCGGCGGCAGCGGCGGCGGCCCGUGCGGCUGCGCGGGGGAGGCGGGGGCGCCGCGCGCUCACCCGGAUGCGCCGUCCCCCGCCCCUGCGGCGAGCCCACCUCGGGGUCGCGGCGCUUCCCUCGGGGCCGAUGGCGCGGGGGAGGGGGGCUCCGUCGUUUCGGCGCCUCCACCCCUGCUUGCCUGA